AUGGGUGAUCAGUCGAGAAAAAAAACAUCAUCUGAUUUAAAAUUUAACGAACGUUGUCCUCCAGAUCGCGAAAUAAAUAUUCUUCUAAUGGGACAAACUGGUACAGGAAAAACAACAUUUAUCAAUUCCCUAGCCAACUAUUUCAUUCAUGAUACUCUUGAUGAAGCAAUCAAGGACGAGAUAAAAAUCAUUAUUCCAACUUCAUUUUAUUUUCACGAUGAAGAAACCUUUGAAGCAAAACUUAUAAACAUUGGCGAUAUAACUGAUGAUGAAGGAGUUAAUGAACGUGGUCAAUCAUGUACGCAACAAUGUCGAAGUUUUAUUUUUCCAUUUGGCAGUCGAAAUUUACGAUUAAUCGAUACACCUGGCAUGGGUGAUACCAGAGGUUCUCAACAAGAUAAUGAAAAUUUAUUUGAAAUUUUAACGUAUAUUUCUCACUAUGAACAUUUAAAUGCAAUAUGUAUCUUUCUGAAACCGAAUGAAGAACGCUUAACGAUAGUAUUUCGGCUUUUUAUCAAACAAAUUCUUCAUUAUCUAGGUCCGACUGCAGCCGACAAUAUAGUAUUUAUCUUCACAAGUGCUCGAACGACACAUUUUGCACCAGGCAAUUCGAAAAAACUACUUCAAACACUUUUAAAAGAAUAUAGUGAUCGGUAUCAGCAAGAAAUACCGUUUGCAAAAGCGAAUACAUUCUUAGUAGAUAAUGAAGCAUUUCGCUAUCUAGCAUUGCAUAAAAAAGGAAUACAAACCAAUGAUGAACAAGUUCAAGCUUAUAGGCAAAGUUGGGAUUAUACUAUUAAAGAAUCUGAACGUUUUAUAGAGUAUGUAUCUCAUCUUCCACUACAAGCCAUUGCAAGUACACUUUCUUUGAACGAAGCUGAACAACUUAUAAAAAAGCUUUCACGUCCAAUUGCUGAAACAAUAAGACUUAUUCAAUACAAUAUACAACUUGCUACUCAGCAUAACGAAAAUCCAAACAAAAAUAAGAAAAAGGAUGCAAACAAAAUACCACAAAUGGUCGGUGACAUCGCGCUAAUUAAAAGCCCAAAGCUGAUAUGUUUUAGUAACAGGUGUUUACAAAAAAGAAAACUAAAUGAUAACGGCCAAAUCACAGAUAUACAAGAAUGCGAAAAUGGUUCUUAUUUAGAUGGUGUUGUACAAGAAGUUGUAAAAGAUCCAAAAAUACAACGAUCUAAGGUGUUCAAUAAGGAGACAAAUAAAUGCGGUAUAUGUGACUGCUCGUAUAAACAUCACAUGAAUAUUACUUAUGAAUAUAAAACACGUCAGAAAUACCGCGAUGUGACAGAAAAAUUAAAUGGAAACAAUGAUAAUAGUUCGAUAUCGACGGCGAUUCAAGAAUAUAUUAAUGAAUUAAAAGAAGAGCAAAAAACGAUUGACAAUCUCUACAUGCCACUAUCGAAAUUUCUUCAUGUCCAUGCUAUUCACCCAUGUAGUGAUGACAUUAUCGAUUAUUUACAACUAUUCAUUCGAGAAGAGAAAAUUAAAGGAGAGCUGGGUAUUGAAAAUAAAGAUGUGAUUAAUAACCUUACAGCAAUAUUCGAAGCAUAUCAGGCGGAUAUAGGUACUUUUCAAUCAACUUCAACAGAAAAACAUGCUGAAAAAGCAGCAGAAAUAUUAAAGCCUGAUGAAGUUUUUCUGCAAGUUGGUCUUCUCUCUCGGUUACAAAUUAGUGGGCGGCGCAUUCGCGAUCAAGUUGAUUUAUUGAAACAUUUGGAAGAUGAAGGAGUCAAACAAAGAGAACAGCGCAUAAGAAUUCCAAGAAAAGCUGCUGAGUCCAGAAUUAUGCGCUUGUCAGAUAAUGAUGGGUCUCCAAUAUCAACAGAGCUUUAA